AUGGCAGAUCCAACAAGCCAAUCGAACUAUAUCGCCAUCGCAACCCAUCAUUUGAGCCUUGAGUGGACGCUGGAUUUUCUGACCCGCACAAUUCGUGGGACGGCGGUAUAUGAAUUAGAGGUGAAGGGGAACGAGGUGGCGGAGGUGAUACUGGAUACUGCUGAUUUAGUUAUUGACAGCGUUCAUGUAGAUGGCAGCUCUGUCGAAUUCUCCUUCGGGACCAAACACACCGUCAUGGGAUCGGCACUUCACAUUCCUAUUCUAUGCCCUGCAACCAAGGGUGGGUAUGUGAAGCUCGCAAUCAAGUACGAAACGACGACAAAUUGUACGGCGUUGCAGUGGUUGGAUAAGGAACAAACCCAAGGUGGCAAAUUUCCGUUCUUAUUCAGCCAAUGUCAACCUAUAUACGCGCGCAGUUUGGUACCAAUUCAGGAUACUCCAUCGGUCAAGUUUACCUACGACGCCCGUGUCACUGCGGUCCUCCCGGUCCUCAUGUCCGCGAUCCUUAUAUCCCCUGAUUCGACAAGCUUCCCGCACGACGGAAGAAAGAUCGGACAUGAUAAGGUCACGUACGUCUUUCGGCAGUUCGUUCCGAUUCCUUCGUACCUCCUCGCCAUCGCGUCUGGGAAUCUGCGGUACAGGCCUUUUCCCGUACCGAAAGGGAAAGACUGGACGAGCGGCGUAUGGGCGGAAGAAGAGCUCGUAGACGCAGCGGAAUGGGAAUUUAAAGAGGAUACCACGAAGUUUCUGGAAGCCGAAGAAAAGAUAAUGGUGCCGUAUCGGUUUGGAGUAUAUGAUUUAUUGGUCCUUCCGCCAUCAUUCCCAUAUGGGGGUAUGGAAAACGCCUGCGUCACAUUUGUUACGCCCACACUGCUCACCGGAGACAGGGCACUGGUCAAUAUCAUCGUUCAUGAGAUUACGCAUUCGUGGUUCGGAAAUGGGGUCACACAUGCCGACGCCUGCCACUUUUGGCUCAAUGAAGGCUGGACGACCUACAUCGAACGUUUACUCCAACAAAUUCUUCACACACCCGCACAUCGGGGUUUCUCGUUCCUAAUUGGAUCCAAAAGGCUUUAUGACGAUCUCAAAUUGUAUGAAUCCAGACCAGCAUAUCAGCGAUUGCAGAUCGCUUUUGAGCACGGUGAGAAUCCAGAUGAUGCAUAUAGUGGUGUCCCGUACGAGAAGGGUGCGAAUUUCCUGCUGCAUAUCGAACGCACACUCGGGGGCAUUAACGUAUUCCUUCCAUACAUCAAAAACUACGUUCAGACCUUCAUGGGAAAGAGCAUCACGACACAGGAAUGGAAGGACCACUUAUAUGCUUAUUAUUGCGAGCACGGGACACGUGAUAACGUCGAGGCGCUGGAUAGCAUCGAUUGGAAUGCCUGGUUGCAUGGUGAAGGUUUAACGCUUCCAGUCCCAGCUGAAUACGACAUGACACUCGCUCGUCAAUCCAAUGUGCUUGCUGAUCGAUGGGAUAAAGCCCGUACCUCGACAAACCUUCACGAGCUCUUCAAUGCAUCCGAUUUACAAAAAUUAGAUGCGAACCAGAUCAUCGUCUUCCUUCAACGCCUCCAGUCCUACACUGCCCUCCCCAAAUCCCAUGUCGACUUCCUGGGAUCGACCUAUUCAUUUUCCACAACGCCUAAUGCCGAAAUUCGUCUCCGGUUUUACCAAGUCGCUUUGUUAGAUCCUCAGACAGAUGCUGCAAGGGAGUAUGCUGUAGAUGCCGCCGCAUGGGUCGUCGGCCAGGAGACUUCGAAGGGUAUCGUCAAAGGUCGCAUGAAGUUCUGCAGACCAAUAUUCAGGGCGUUGUAUGCUGUUGAUGCAAAGUUGGCUUUGGAGACAUAUCAACGGCACAAACUUGCAUUCCAUCCCAUUGCGAGGAAUCUGAUUGAGAAGGAUUUGGGUUUGAUCUCGACAAAUGUUAACGCCAACGUGGCAAAAUAAGAAUCCAGUUCAUAGGGAUGUGGACUGCUGGUACGAAAGGCAAAGUGCCCGCAGACAAAGAUGAAAAUGCGUUCACAAUGAUGUAACUACAAUAACAGCGGGCACGUAGCAUAGGAGGGCAUGCAUAACCUGACGUAGAUUACCAACGCCGCCACAUUGUGGUAAGCGACAGUUGAUCUAAUAUCCUGUAGGGUCAGGUACGGAUACGUACUGUUCCACGAACUCCUGAGUUGAGCUGAUGCAUACCAACAACAACAAUUCCCUCGUCACUUGUUCCGGUGACGUCUACAAGCAAGCGGCGCGCACCACUACUGCAGUUUGCACACACCACAACUACGUGCUACCGAUACUGUGCAAUUCUGUGUGCUGCUCUGUAACGUAGUAGUGGGGAUGCCC